AGGUGGUGAGGAAGUUCUUCUCGAUGUCGGAGGCCAGGACUCAACAGAAGCUUUUGAGGAUGUCGGUCACUCGGAUGAAGCCCGUGAGAUUCUCGAUGGGCUGCUUGUUGGAAACUUGAAGCGUCAGGAGGGCGACCCAAAGCCCAAGAGCUACGCGCAACCCGGUACAACCGCUACCACCACCGACGGCGCAUCCACCGGCGUCGGUCUCUACGCUAUCAUCCUGCUCGGCGGUGCGCUUGCAUUUGCUGCCUACACCAUGAUGAACAAGCAGUCUUCUGAGUAA